UUUCCUCCCUCUCUCCGGUUCCCUCUGGUCGCGUCGUGGACUGGAGUUUGCAUUCAUUUUAAUUUUCCAAACGAAAACCCAGAAAUUUAUACAUACAAAAAAUAUAUGUAUAGAUUGAUAGAGUCAGAAGAGGGAAAGGGGAAGGUGGACGAGGACAAACGAGUUUUACUUUUAUUUGCCUGCAAAUAACUGGUGGAGGAUGAGAGGUUUGGAGAAGAAGACUACAAAUAAAAACAACCCUUUUUGUCUUCAUCUUCGAAUUUCUCGUUCUCAUUUUUAUCCUGUUUUCCAAUAAAAUAUUUUUAUCUUCCAAUAUUACACAUAUAUAUUUGUAUAUAAGCAGCGGAUUAUUAGAAUUUGCAAUAAAUUCCACCAAUUCACAAAAUCCCAAUUCUAACCCCUUUUUAACUGACUGACUGACUCACUCUGUCUUCAUUUUCUUGAAUUCUGUUUUUCUGCAACAAUGGAAGCAACUUUGGUAAAACUGAUGAAACAAGCAAAAGCCCUGGAGUGAAUUUUCAUGUUAAAGUCUAUACAAAAAUAAAUAAAAGCAUGGGUGAUCUUGAAACGAAGAGUUCAAGCGGUGGCGUUUUGGUGGAGGACGGCCAUUUGGUAUUCGGGCUUGGUUCUAUUUCUGGGUCGGGUCGCAGACAACCUGAUCCGGCUUCAAUAACCGAUGAGUGUUUUCUAGCGGCAGAGGAAGCGGCAGAGCAAGUGAUGAAUUGCGUACACCCGACUCUUGACACAGAGGAGAAGAGAAAAGACGUAAUUGAUUACGUGCAGAGGCUCUUAAAGCGUCAUCUUGAUUGUGAGGCUUUUCCCUAUGGGUCUGUGCCCCUUAAGACGUACUUGCCUGAUGGAGAUAUCGACUUGACUGCACUUAAUGCUGAGGAAUCUUUGGCACACAAUGUUCUUGGUAUUCUGCAAUGGGAGCAGCUAAAUGAAAAUGCAGAGUAUGAAGUGAAGGAUGCGCAGUUUAUAGAUGCUGAGGUGAAAAUUGUGAAAUGCCUUGUGCAGAACAUUGUGAUCGAUAUUUCUAUUAAUCAGCUUGGAGGACUUUCUACCCUUUGUUUCCUUGAGCAGGUUGAUCGCUUUGUUGGGAAAAAACAUCUCUUCAAACGCAGCAUUCUUUUAGUAAAAGCUUGGUGCUACUAUGAGAGCCGUAUUCUUGGCGCACACCAUGGUUUAUUAUCUACUUAUGCUCUGGAAACACUUGUCCUAUAUAUAUUCCAUCAAUUUUAUUCAUCCUUGAAUGGGCCUCUAGAGGUACUAUAUAAAUUUUUGGAAUAUUUUAGCCAAUUUGAUUGGGAAAGCUACUGCAUAAGCUUGAAAGGGCCAGUUUGCAUAUCAUUACUUCCGGAUAUAGUGGUUAAGAUGCCAGAGAAUGGACGGAAUGACAUGAUGCUUAGUGAAGAAUUUUUAGAGAAAUGUAUAGGAAUGUUUUCAGGUUCAACUCAGAGUUUUGAGACAAUCCCAAAAGCAUUUCAGCCUAAAAGUCUUAAUAUAUUUGACCCGCUGAAGGAAAAUAAUAACCUUGGACGUAGCGUGCACAGAGGCAAUUUCUACCGUAUACGUAGCGCUUUCAAAUAUGGGGCUCACAAGCUUGGUCAAGUUCUCUUGCAACCAAGAGAUAAAGUUGCUGGUGAGAUCUGCGAAUUCUUCUCAAACACUCUUGCAAGACAUGGGCAAAUGCAAGCGAGUGUUAUCGAGCAUUCAGCCUUAGUGUUCAAAGAUGAAGAGUCUCUGACUGCAUCUUUAGAAUCCUCUGCCGAAUUAUACUCUGAAGAUGGCAUGCUUCUAAGAUCAUCUGUCAGUGAGUUUGAGAAUGAUAGUAUAGGGGCUGAAGACCGAUUCACUUUGGAGUUCAAAAAUGAGGUAGAGAGAUGCUCGACAAGAGACACUUCAGAAAUAGGAUCAGAAACAUGCUCCUCAGCUGGUGGGCUUGCAGGGGAUGCAUAUGACCUUGCAACAUCUAAUUCAUCUUCGAGGAUUGAACAUAACACAUCAGAUUGUACAUCUAGCAGCAAUAAUAGUGCCUCUCUCUUGGGGAAACAUUACCAUAAAUCCCAUUACUUUGCUUCCAAAUCAUCAGUAGAAAAUGGAAGCGUAGCAAGUGGGAACUUUCACCAAGAUGACCUAUCAAAUAGUACUCAUCAGAAGUUUGAAUUAACUUCAUGGCCAGAGAGAAGGGUGAAUCAUGUGAAAAUGAAUAAUACAUACAGAUGGUGUAUGGAUAAUACAACUUUCUCGGCUUCGAAGGCCUGUAAUUUUGAAAAUCUAUCCUUGGGUUGUGGGGAAAUUGAUCUCUUUAGUGUAGCAGGAGAGUCUGAUGUAGCCUUGAAUCCUUUGGCAGACCUCAGUGGAGAUUAUGACUGCCAAAUUAGGAAUUUACUAUAUGGUCAACUAUGCAAUGGGGUUUAUUUGUCUGCUCCUCCAUCCAAUCCUCCUCCAUUACCUUCUAGGAUUCAAAAUAAGCAGUGGGACACUGUUUGGCGACCAAUGUCACUGCUUAGCCCGAGUCAGUUUUCUCAAAUGAACUCAAACACUCUGUUUCCAGGACCACUUAUGGGUCAUGGUAUUGAUACUGCAUUGCCCACUGUUGCUUUCGGUUCUGAAGGAAAACAAAAAGCACGAGGAACUGGAACUUACUUUCCUAAUAUGAAUGGUUCUUCCAGGGAGAAACCUUCAUGUGGGAGGGGAAGGAAUAAGCAACUUAGAAGUCGCAAUCAGAAUCAGAGACACAACUGCAGCAAUGGAAAUGUAUUAAGUUCAUCUUCGUGGAAGUUGAAUUAUUUUGAAGAUGGUACUCGUGAAUUCGUACCUGCAAGCAGCAGAUUUCAAGGCCAAGGAAAAUCUGAUGUAUGCUGCCAGUCUCCUCCUCGUUCAGUGAAAGAUGAUAACCAUACAGAUGGUUUUGAAAAUGCAUUACUUAAAAUCGAGUUUGGAUCUUUAGGGAGCCUGGCUGAAGAGGUAAUAUCGGGUCUAUCUUGUGCUUGGGACUCGACUCAUGGCAUCUCAACGGGAGGUCAGGAUUCAAUAGCAGUGAUGAAACAGGAAAGGGUUACAGAGCGGUCAUUCCACCUCAAGAAUGAAGAUGAGUUUCCCCCUCUAUGCCAAUAAAAUGACAUGUAAAAACUUUUAGAUGUUAACAAACUACAGGACCUCAGGAACAAGGAAGUAUAAUAUAUCUGUUUAUGCUUCUCCAUUUAGACACAAGGUAAUAGUAAUAUAGAAUUUUGCUCAUUUUUGGAUUUU